CCGAACCGCCCGACGGCCUCGUCCUCCUCGUCUCCUUUUCUCUCUGGCCCCCCAGCACCUCAUUCUUCUACAGACCCCUCGCAAGGUGGGAAUGGACACUCUAGUGGCUCGCAGGGCCCUGGGGGUGCUGGUACGGGAGGAGAAGAGGAGGACGGCGAGGGAGGGAAGAAGAAGAAGGCGGGAAAGAGGAGGAAGGUCAACCACGCUUGUCUGUAUUGCAGGAGGAGCCAUAUGACUUGCGACGAAGGCAGGCCUUGUCAACGUUGCAUCAAACGUGAGAUAGGCCACUUGUGCCAUGAUGAACGGCGGCCGAGCAAAAGCGACAAGCAGCCGUCGGCAGGCCCGAGUAUGUCCCAGCCUCCUUCCCAGCACCAGCAGCAGCCUCAGUUGGUUAUGCCUCCCACCGCGAUCCCCUACCCGCCCAUGGCCAGCCCUGCAGCGAUGUGGCCGAGCAUUGCUGUCCCACAAGGAACGUAUAUGUACCCGCAAUUCGAGACGUUCGGAAAGGAGUUCUCUGUGCUCUCAGAUUUUCUGGAUACGCUCGAUGAGCAGUCGUUCUUCAAUCCGAAUGCUCAGCAACAACAGAGCGUCAAUCCGUCUUCCCUCGUCUCGCCGCCGCAACCUCAAUAUAUACAGCCUGCGCCACCACCACCGAGGCAGCAACAACGCCAGAUCGCGCCACAGCCGCAGCAGACUCAACAGCAGCUCGAGGCGAACCUCGACCCGGCUCUCUUGCAGCAGUCUCAGCAAGCGCAACAGCAGCAACAGUAUCAGGCCCAGCAGCAGCAACAACAGCAGCAACAGCAACAGCAGCAACAGCAGCAGGGGCAAAGCCAGGACCAGCCUGGCAUCGGAGUCAUCGAUCCCGCUCUUCAAUCACUCCAGCCGGGUUCAUCUGGUCUCUCCAACACCACGAACGACAGCACAGCCGGCGAUGGUCGUCAGGAAGACUCGCAACAACAGACCGAUGGUGGUCAAUCGUCCUCGUCGGAAGAGUCUGAAGAGCCCGUCCUCCCCGCCGCCACCAUGACCGAAAAGUUCCUCCUCACCGCGGCGGACCAAGAGCCCGGGACGCGCGACGAACGGCUCAAGCGCGUCAUCCGCACGAAGUACGAAGCUGGGCUGCUGAAGCCGUACAACUACGUCAAAGGUUACGCCCGUCUCUCGCGCUGGAUGGACCGCAACGUCUCGCAGGACUCGAAGCAGCAGAUCUUGAGGCCGCUGAGCGUGCUGAGGCCGAAGUUUAGGGCGAUCGCGCAGAGCUUGAGGGAUAUAGAUUUGGUGUUUAUUGAGGAGGCGUUUGAGAGGUUGUUGUUGGAUUAUGAUCGGGUUUUCUCGGCGAUGGGCAUUCCGGCGUGUUUAUGGAGGAGGACGGGGGAAAUAUAUAAGGGGAAUAGAGAGUUUGCGGAGUUGGUGGGCUUGGACGGGUUCAUGCUUAGGGAUGGCCGGUUGUGCAUCUACGAACUCAUGGCGGAAGAGUCGGCCGUCAAUUACUGGGAGAAAUACGGCAACGUAGCCUUCGACUCCACCCAAAAAGCCGUCCUCACCUCCUGCGUCCUCCGCUUCAAACCCAACAUCCAAGCCCCCUCCGGCUCCAUCACCCCUGCCAUCCGACGCACCGCCAACACUGCGCCCAUCUCCUCGUCCUUGCCCAUUGCCGUCAGCGCUGCUGUCAAUGCCGCGAAUAACGGUAACGCAGGGGCUGGGGCAACGAGUGGUGGCGCAGGAGCGGCGGCGGAUGCGAAGCCGGGACCGAAUGAGGAGGGGUUUAUUAAUUGCUGUUUUUCGUUUACGAUUAGGAGAGAUACGUGGGGCAUUCCGAGUAUGAUUGUGGGGAACUUCAUAAGGUGUUGAGGUGUAUGGUAGUGGGUGGGGGUUGGAGUGGUAGAGGAUGGUAGGUGUAUACUAGGCGAGGAGUUUGUUGUUGUAACUUAUAGAAGGCGGGGAGGGAAGGGAAGGAAUAGUGUUCAAAGAGCGGUUUGCCUUUCCAGAUUACUCCGAUGUGUUUG